AUGGGUUCCAUCGCGGUAAAACAUCAAGAAACGCCUGCAUCACCGAAGAAGUCCGUCAAAACUGCAUUAUCUCAUACACUUCAUAAAUGGAAGACAGUCUUAAGAAAGAUAACACAUGAUACGCUAACAACACUGGAUGAUUCGUCAUCUAGUGACGAAAAGAUAGAAGCGUUGUUUGAUGGUGUAGAGGAAACCAGCCCUUUAAAGCAUGGCGGAGAAGGUCCUAUUCAUAUUGUGACAAAUCCAAUUUCUAAAUUAAGAAGUAUCGAUAGAGAUAGUGGUGGGUCUUUAUCACCUCCUGUGGAGGGAGGACCUAGUGAAUUAGGUAUUAAAUUGAAUAAUGAUGGGAGGAGUGAAGGUGAUAUAACAACUACUACCAAAUAUUCAACUACGAGUGAUGAAGGCCGCAUGACUGAUCAUCAUAAUGCUUCCUCUACGGCACAACUCCAAAACAUUAAAAAUAAAGUUAUAUUAGAAGAAACAUAUGCCAAUUUUGAUUCCGUUAAAGAAUGUGCUAAACUACGAUCUAGUAAAGAAGAGCCGUUUAUAGAUGGUGAUUUGAUUUGGAAAAAAAGAAGGGAUUUAUGGAAUAAACCAACCAAAGAUAUUGACCCAGCUGAAUUGAAGAGGCGUAGAGAUGUUUUCAAAUCUAUCCCAGAACCAUAUUAUCCAAGAGUAUACAAGAAACUGGUGGUGGAUGAUAAACCAUUAAGGGAACCACUUAAUUUAGAAGAUGCCUUAAAGGUAAUUAAUUCAGGUUGGACAGAGACAAGAAAAUGGGCCAAUGCGGCUAAUGGGUUACCGUGA